AUGGCUCAUGUAAAAAAGUUGCAACCCAAUUGGAUCGGACCGUACAGAGUCACUGAAGUAGUGGGAAAAGGAGCCUACCGAUUGGCAGAAGCUGAUGGACGUCCAAUUGCGCCCGAGGACACUUCGCUUGGGACCCCAAGAGUCCAGUUCAGAGCGGACCCCAAGAGUCCAGUUCAGAGAAGUUCCUCUCCGGCUUAUAGCCGAGGACACUUCGCUUCGGACCCUAAGAGUCCAACUCAGAAAAGUUCCUUCGCUUCGGACCCUAAGAGUCCAGCUCAUGAAAGUUCCUCUCCGGCUUAUAGCCGAGGACACUUCGUUUCAGACCCCAAGAGUCCAGUUCAGGAAAGUUCCUCUCCGGCUCAUAGCCGAGGACACUUCGCUUCGAACCCCAAGAGUCCAAUUCAGAGAAGUUUCUCUCCAGCUCAUAGCCGAGGACACUUAGCUUCGGACCCCAAGAGUCCAGCUCAGAAAAGUUCUUUCGUUUCGGACCCUAAGAGUCUAAUUCAGAGAAGUUCCUCUCCGGCUCAUAGCCGAGGACACUUUGCUUCAGACCCCAAGAGUCCAGCUCAAAAAAAUUCCUUUGCUUCGGACCCUAAGAGUCCAGUUCAGAGAAGUUCCUCUCCGGCUCAUAGCCGAAGACAUUUCGCUUCGGACCCCAAAAGUCCAGCUCAGAAAAGUUCCUUUCAGGCUCACAGCUGA